ACUUGGAAUGAAUAGACAGAGUGAACUAGGUAUAUAACCAGAAAAUGUAUUUAGGGUCACUGGAAAUAGUUUCCAGGUCUUUGCUGGGCUGAAAUGAAGAUCCUUCUUGUGCUCACUCUGGGUGUGACCCUGUUCUCUCAGGGAUACUGUAACACUCUAGAUUCCUGUGAGGGACGUUGUGGUUACGGAACAGACCCUGGCUUCUCCUGUCAAUGUAACUCAGCCUGUGAGCGCUUCAGAGACUGUUGCUACGACUACACCAGUGUCUGCAAGGGUAGUGCUACAUCCUGCGCUGGUCGCUGUGGGGAAUCCUACAACUCUCAGAACAAAUGCCACUGCAACUCCAAGUGUAGCCAGCACAACAACUGCUGCAGCGAUUAUGGAGAUCUCUGUGGGGGUACUCCUCCGACAACUGAUAUCAGUGAUGCUGACAUCAGGGCUAUCUCUGAGGUUCUAUAUGCUCUGGACUCCAACAAGGCCACUGCCUCUGAGUUGACCAUCGACCCCCAGGCCCUAGUGCCUAACGCCCAGACCAGCUCCAAGAAGGAUUUGUCCCCUCGCCGAUUGUUUACCUUCCUGGAUGAGCAAGCUCUAUUUUCCAAACCUACCUAUGCUUCCUUCGUCGCCCUGAUGGACAACUACCAGAGAGUUACAGGCCAGGUGGAAGACUUCACCUCCCAGCAGCUGGCUGAGCAGGACACUUUCCUGAGGGAGACCAUGUCUAACACUGAGCUGGGCCGUGAGCUCUUUGCCUUCCUCUUUACCAAGGGCCGCUAUUCCUCUGAGGACGAAUUCCUUUACGACUUAAAGAGGAUGUGGUUUGGCCUGUACUCCCGGUACAACAAUAAGAUGGACUCAAGUGGAUUUGAGCACAUCUUUGCAGGAGAGAUCAAGGGUGGGAAGGUGUCUGGCUUCCACAACUGGAUCCAGUUCUACCUCCUGGAAAAACAGGGUCUGCUGAACUACUACAGCCACAGUUUCAAUGGACCUUGGGCCUCAUUCCCUGAUGUUCUCGGGAUGCAGUUCAUGUGGGACGGUUACUACAAGCAGGUUGGUUCUGCAAUCAUUGGCUGCAGUCCAGAGUUUGACUUCGCCAUGUACAGUCUCUGCUACAUCACCCGCCCAGGAAAACAGUGCCGUUUGAGUCUGGGAGGGAAACAGCUGGUGAUCCAGACCUACACUUGGGACAACUCCUCCUACGGGAACGGGAAGAAGUACAUCGGCUCAGCAUUCCCUGCCACCCCUUGAAAACGUAACAUUCAGAAAAAAUAAACAAGCGACAGGGCAUUCAAACCCAAACUGCCAA